UGAAGAUGAGGUCAAAAGAGUCGGCUUUUAUCAUCAUAUUAAUCAUCUCAGGAGAGCUCUAUGCAGAAGAGAAACCCUGUGGUCUUCCUAGUGUGGAAAAUGGAAGGAUUGCCCAAUAUUACUAUUCUUUUAAAAACUAUUACUUUCCAAUGAGAAUAAAUGAAAAACUGUUGUUUUCCUGCUUGGCUGGUUAUACCACUGAAACUGGGAAACAAGAGGAGCGAAUCACAUGUACCCAAGAGGGCUGGUCUCCAGAACCACGUUGCUUCAAAAAAUGCACUAAGCCUGAGCUGAGAAAUGGUUACAUCUCUGAUGCAACAUUAAUGUACAAAAUUCAAGAGAACAUGCGUUAUGGUUGUAAUUCAGGAUAUAAAACCACUGGAGGAAAGGAUGAAGAAGUGGUUCAGUGUCUUGCUGAUGGAUGGUCUUCGCAACCUACCUGUAAGAAGGAACAUGAAACAUGUUUGGUCCCUGAAUUAUACCAUGGAAAUUAUUCCACAACGCAGAAAACAUUCAAAGUGAAGGACAAAGUACAAUAUGAAUGUGCUGCUGGCUACUAUACAGUUGGAGGAAAGAAGACCGAGGAGGUAGAAUGUCACACAUAUGGAUGGUCUCUCACACCAAAAUGUACCAAAUUAAAGUGCUCUUUAAGAUUAAUAGAAAAUGGUUAUUUUCAUCCUAUAAAGCAAACAUAUGAAGAAGGAGAUGUAGUUCAGUUUUUCUGUCAUACAAAUUAUCAUCUAAGUGGAUCUGACUUAAUUCAGUGCUAUAACUUUGGUUGGUACCCAGAAUCUCCUGUAUGUGAAGGAAGAAGAAAUCGAUGUCCUCCUCCGCCUCUGCCUCUAAACUCCAAAAUUCAAACAUAUUCAACAACUUAUCGUGAUGGAGAAACAGUUCAUGUAGAAUGUGAACUUAAUUUUGAGAUACAAGGAUCAGAAGAAAUACGUUGUAAAAAUGGAAAAUGGACAGAACCUCCAAAAUGCAUUGAAGAAAAGGAGAAGACAGCCUGUGGGGACCCACCCUUCAUUGAGAAUGGUACAGCAAACCUGGACUCUACGAUUUAUUACAAUGGGGACAAAGUGGCAUAUGAAUGUAAAAGUGGGUAUCAUCUUCGUGGAUCAACAGAAAUAACUUGUAAACGUGGAAAGUGGACACAUCCUCCUGAGUGUGUUGUAAAUAAUGAGAAUUGUAAGCCUCCACCUGAUGUAAUAAAUGGGGCUGUUGUUGACGGAUUACGGGCAAGCUACACAACAGGGUCCUCGGUGGAAUAUAGAUGCAAUGAAUAUUACUUACUGAGUGGAGCAAAAGUAUCUCAUUGUGAACAAGGAAGAUGGUCAUCCCCACCUAUUUGCUUAGAGCCAUGUACUAUUAAUGUGGAUUACAUGUACAGAAAUAAUAUAGAGAUGAAGUGGAAGUAUGAAGGAAAGGUCUUACAUGGAGAUUUAAUAGAUUUUGUAUGUAAACAAGGAUAUGACUUAUCUCCAUCAACCUCAUUGUCUGAAUUAUCUGUACAAUGCAAUAGAGGAGAAGUGAAAUAUCCCUUAUGUAUUAGAAAAGAAUCUAAAAGAAUGUGUGUAUCUCCUCCACUUAUUAAAAAUGGAGUCAUAAUUAGUUCAACAUCAGACAUCUAUGAAAAUGGUUCCUCGGUAGAAUACAAAUGUUUUGAUCACCACUUCCUUCAAGGAUCUAAGGAGUCCUAUUGUUUAGAGGGAGUGUGGACUACGCCACCAUUGUGUUUAGAGCCUUGCACAUUAUCUUUUGUUGAAAUGGAAAAUAAUAAUUUACUCCUGAAAUGGGAUUUUGAUGAUAGACCACAUAUUUUCCAUGGCGAGUAUAUUGAGUUUCUUUGUAAGAGAAAUACGUAUAUAGCUGAAUUCUCUAUUACUGGAUCUGAACUCAGAGUGCAGUGUGACAGAGGGCACUUAAAAUAUCCAAGAUGCAUUCACAGAGAAAGGAUGCUGUCUUAUCAACAACCCUUCAUGACAUAAAAAUGUAUGGCAGAAAGAAGAAUAGUAUAUCAACACAUCAUAAAAUCCUUUAUAAAACAUAAUUUUUAGAAGAAAAAUUACAAGUCUCUAAGUUUUAACUUGCUUGAAGAUUUGAAUCUAAAUUGUCUAUGUUGAACAUUUUUUUAUUUAUAAAUAAGCCAGA